AUGGGCUGCUUCACAUUCGUCAAACUGAUGAUGGUCUUGUUCAACUUGCUUAUCUUUCUGGGGGGCCUGACCCUGCUGGCCAUGGGGAUCUGGGUGAGCGUGGACGGGAGCUCCUUCUUGAAGCUGCUGGGGCCUUUUGCUAGCCAAAGUAUGCAGUUCGUCAACGUGGGCUUUUUCUGCAUCACCAUUGGGGUCAUGUUGGUGCUGCUGGGGCUCCUGGGCUGCUGUGGGGCCCACAAGGAGAGCAAAUGUCUGCUGCUCACGUUCUUCUCCAUCAUCCUCAUCAUAUUCAUUGCUGAAGUGGCAGCGGCAGUCGUGGCUCUGGCCUACUCUUCAUUUGCUGAGGGGAUCCUCAGAGCGUGGGCGACCCCUGCUUUACAGAGGGAUUAUGGCAGUGAUCCUGUGGUGACUAAAAUCUGGAACACCACCAUGAAUGAGCUAAAGUGCUGUGGCUUCACCAACUACACAGACUUUGUGGGCUCGAAGUUUGAAAAAGAGAACGCAGGCAGUCUGCCGCCCAGCUGCUGCUGGACCAACAGCACGCCCUGCAGCCAGGACGAGGCCGAGCACAGCGCUGUGCAGGGCUGUUUUGAACACAUCCUGGAGACCCUCAAAGAACAUGCUAACAUUGUGGGAGGAAUUGCAGCAGGAAUUGGAGUCUUAGAGAUUGCCGCCAUGGUAGUGUCUAUGUACCUAUACUGCCACCUGGACAACAGAGUCAGCUGA